AUACAUUAAAACUGGCCUAAAAAAGUAGAGAACAAAAGGAGUGGCUAUCCAGGUUACGCUAUUAUUUUAUGUUGCUUUUAUUUAUACCUCACCUACUUUUCCUUCUCCCCGUUUUGCCCUCACAACAACCCUCCGAGGUAGGUUAGUUAGGCUGAGAGUGAGUGGCUGGCCCAAAGUCACCCAGUGACCUCCAUGGCCGAGUGAAGAGAUUCGAAGACUGGUGUCCCAGGUCCUAGUCCGACACUAGAUCCACUACAGCACACUGACUCUAUUAUUAACAUUAUCAUUUAUGAGACCACCAGCCUCAGGUUCUAGGACAGGAUAUAACAAUUAAAACACUAUGUUAAAAACGACUUGGAAUCACGUAAGAUGGGUCCUAAAAAUACACCUUUCAAUUGUCGAAAACGCGGAGGGGAAUAAAGACCACAGCUCCUAUUAUCAUGUUUUUGUGUGCCUGUUGUGAGUGUCCGCAACCAAAGUAACACGAUUCAAACAGGAAAAACGGCCCUGCGGCACCUUAAAGACUAAGACACUCGCGAUUAUGUAUAACUUUUCCUAACACAGAAUCCACUACACUUCUGCUUUUCUGCAAGGGAUCUUAUUAGACACCUAUGUUUGGGGUCCUUCUACUUCCAACAUACGCACGUGGGUGCUGGUGGGGUAAUGACUCAAGUGUGCAAAACUCUGGGAGUCUGUAUUGGGAGUUACUACUGCUGUUCCCCUAAAAGCCUGGUAUUAAAUCGAUUUCUGGGUCCCCUAACUCCCUGUCAGAAGUGCUUCGUUUCAACCAGCCAUGGAUUGCGAUGAGGGGCUGUUCAUCAACGUCUGCCAGCGUCCUUCAGGUUUGCAGCCCCGCACUCAGCAGAGGACAGCCUCAAAGCCACAGCAUGGCAAGGCAAAAAAAGUCUGGGCAAAUAAAAUUUGAAUGCCCCCAGGAAGGGAAUCCACUAAAGCGGAAGCCAGCUCCACCUUCGCCCCAAACCAGGAGACCACAGAAGAAAGCUAAAAGUGGCAUCAGAGAAGCAGGGUUGCCAAAGUUUCCUUCACAGAAGCCUUUAACUGAUGCAAAGGACAGUGACGCCAGCAGCAACAGACCUUUUGUUAAGACUUCCUGCCUCUUCAAAAACAACCCUGAAAUUCCAGACAUUCAGAGAACAUCAGUGAAGCAAGUGCAGGAGAAAGUUUUCACUUCAGACUCCUUUGAUCAGCUGGGCCUCCAUCCCCAUUUGGUUUCAACCCUAAUCUCUGUCUUAAAAAUAUCUAGCAUGACCAGUGUUCAGAAGCAAACUAUUCCCAUACUAUUGCAAGGAAAAGAUGCACUGGUGAGAUCACAGACAGGUUCUGGUAAAACUCUGGCCUACGGAAUCCCUCUAGUACAGGCCUUGCAAAGAGCAGAGCCGAAAAUAAAGCGUAGUGAUGGUCCGUAUGCUCUCGUACUGGUCCCAACCAGGGAGCUAGCUCUGCAGAGCUUUGAAACUGUCCAGAAACUGUUAAAGCCCUUUACCUGGAUUGUUCCUGGCGUGUUGAUGGGAGGAGAGAAGAAAAAGUCAGAGAAAGCCAGAUUACGCAAAGGAAUAAACAUCCUAAUUGCCACUCCUGGCCGCCUGGUGGACCAUAUCAACUCCACCAAAUGCAUUCACUUCCGCCACAUCCAGUGGCUGAUCCUGGAUGAGGCAGACAGGAUCCUGGAUCUGGGUUUUGAGAAGGCAGUCACUGCGAUACUGAAUGCCAUAAAUGCUGACGGUGAGAAGCGGCAAAAUGUUCUUUUGUCGGCAACGCUUACAGAUGGAGUCUCGAGGUUAGCUGACAUCAGCUUGCAUGAUCCUGUUUGCAUUUCCAUUGCGGAAGGAUCACUGGGGUCAAACACUUCCAAAGCAGAAGCGUGUGCUAAGGAGGAUGCCGGUGUCGCUUCAGUGAGCCUGGAACAAAGAGGAUUUGCUGUACCGGAAAACCUCCAGCAGAAUGUUGUGGUUGUCCCAAGCAAGCUAAGGCUUGUGACGCUGGCAGCAUUUAUCCUUGGGAAGUUGAAGUUUGAAAAAUGCAACAAGAUGAUUGUCUUCUUCUCCAGCUGUGAGCAGGUGGAGUUUCACCACACCCUCUUCCACAAAGUCUUGGCUGCGGACCUUGAGCAGCCAUGGCUUCCUCCUUCGCCCUUGACGUUCGCACGCUUGCAUGGUGACAUGAAACAAGAGGAGAGGACGUCUGUCUUCCAGGACUUCUUGCAAUCAAAGACGAGCAUUUUACUCUGCACAGAUGUUGCUGCUCGUGGAUUAGACCUGCCACAGGUUACCUGGAUUGUACAGUAUAAUCCCCCAGCUUCGCUUGCCGAAUACGUCCACCGUGUUGGGAGGACAGCUCGGAUUGGCAGUCACGGGAACAGCCUGCUCAUCCUUGCACCUUCAGAGGCGGAAUAUGUCAACUUCUUGGCUUCUUGCAAGAUUAAUGUUUCAGAGAUGAAGAUGGAAUCUGUCCUGUCCAGCUUGAUGAAAGAUGACCGUUUCAAGGGCAGCCAGAGGGGAAAUAAGAAGUUCCACAGCGAUGACCCCCAGGAAGUGCGGCGCAGAGCCACCAUCUUGCAGACUGAAUUCGAGAAUUACGUCCACUCUAAUGCAGAAACUGUUCAGCGGGCCAAAAAAGCUCUGCAGUCUUUCAUCCGGUCGUAUGCAACCUACCCAGCCAGCCUCAAGCACAUCUUCCACGUCAAGUCUCUCCAUCUGGGCCAUGUGGCAAAGAGCUUUGGGCUCCGGGAUGCCCCUAAGAAUCUCAGUGCCACCUCUGCCUUCCCAAAGCAAGCAAAGAACCAGAAGCAGAAAAGGCGUGAGUUUCUUCUCAAGAAAACUCGGGGCAAGCGCCGUCUGGCCGAAAUCUUGCAGUCUGAAUACUCGAGUGGCUUGGACAUGGUUGCAUCUAAGGUCAAGAGGAAGAAAAAGCUGGCCAGCCUGGGAACUGAAAGAUGAGCCAGAAAUUCUCAGCCUCUCCCAAGACAGCUGAGACUCACGGGUGCUGCAAUCUGGGAGUAUCACCAAAAAUUGAGGUGCUUCUUCCUCCACACCCCUUUUUCAAAGCCUGCUCCAGGGGAAGGGGAAGCAAAAUUCAGAACAGCAUUGUCCUGUAUGAAAUUUAAGGUGUGCUGGUUGUAACAGCUUCUAACCAAAACUUUCUUUUUUGGGGGGUGGGGUUAUGAAUGCAGAGUGGAGCCUGCAACCCCUGAAGCAGUGGUAAUGGUGAAAGCGGUGGCCCUCCCAAUUAUAUUCAUUGUAAUUUUUUAAUAUGAGCCGCCUUAGGAAGAACUUUAUUCUUGAAGGAUGCUGUAGAAAUAUAUUGAAUGAAUGAAUAAAUAAAUAAAUAAAUGGAAAAGUG